AAACGACACGCACGCGAGUGGCGCAAGGUUCGCUCCUUUUCUUUCGGUAUUCGACCGAACGUGUUUCGUGCAGAAGAAUCCGUUUGAAUCCACGAUAUAGUCUGUUUGGAAACGCUUCAAAAUGACCGAAACUCUACAACUACGAGGCACGCUUCGCGGCCACAAUGGAUGGGUCACGCAAAUCGCUACGAAUCCGAAAUAUCCGGACAUGAUUUUGUCUUCUUCACGUGACAAGACUCUAAUUGUGUGGAAAUUGACACGUGACGAGGCCAACUAUGGUAUUCCGCAGAAGCGUCUUUAUGGUCAUUCUCAUUUCAUAAGCGACGUGGUUCUUUCGUCCGAUGGAAACUACGCGCUGUCCGGUUCUUGGGACAAGACCCUGCGCCUUUGGGAUCUGGCAGCAGGUAGAACAACAAGAAGAUUCGAAGACCAUACCAAGGAUGUUUUGAGCGUCGCUUUCUCCGUGGACAAUCGUCAAAUCGUUUCUGGUUCGCGAGACAAGACCAUUAAGCUGUGGAAUACAUUGGCCGAAUGUAAAUACACCAUCCAAGAUGAUGGACAUACAGAUUGGGUCAGCUGCGUGCGCUUCUCUCCCAAUCACGCAAAUCCCAUUAUUGUUUCUGCGGGCUGGGAUCGUGUUGUCAAGGUCUGGAACUUGACAAACUGCAGACUGAAGAUCAACCACAGUGGCCACACUGGAUACUUGAACACUGUCACAGUAUCGCCCGAUGGCUCGCUCUGCGCAUCCGGCGGCAAAGACUGCAAAGCCAUGUUGUGGGACUUGAACGACGGCAAGCAUCUUCACACUUUAGAUCACAAUGACAUUAUCACGGCAUUGUGCUUCAGUCCUAACCGCUACUGGCUCUGCGCCGCCUUCGGGCCAUGGAUCAAGAUCUGGGAUCUUGAGACCAAAGAGAUGGUCGAGGAACUGAAACCAGAGGUUGUGUCCGCGACCAGUAAAGCGGAGCCGCCCCUGUGUCUGUCUCUCGCUUGGUCUACUGACGGACAGACGCUGUUCGCUGGGUAUUCCGACAAUACCAUCCGCGUUUGGCAAGUGUCUGUGUCCAGCCGAUAAAAUGUAAUUUUUGUAUAAUAAAAAUGUAAUCAAAAUUUU